AUGCAUUCGGAAAGGAGCGGAGGCGGGAGCGGCGACUUCGAGCCGAUUUGCAUAGAUUGCGUCUCGCCGGUGUUCGGUGAUUUACACGGGCGCGGGCCACGUACGAUAGCGGCGCAACGAACACCAACCGAUUACGUAACUCCGGGUUGGCUGGCAUUAUUACGUCGAAGCGUGAGGGCCCAUGCACAUCUACGAGGCAUGACGUCGUGGUAUGGCGCCGAAGCAAUUCACGGCUCGGUGCUGUGGAAAAAUAGUUUAUAUUGCACCGUGCCGUGGAGAAUGGAUGGCCUUACGCGUUGCUUUUCAGAGCGAUUGUCUUCAAACGGAUUAAAGCCCUCGCCGUACGAGGGCUCGACGACAUUCAUCUCGGCUUACAGCGACGCUACAAUUAAGCCCAACAAUACGCGGUAUCCCGUCGCGGUUUACACUAAACGGCCUCACGAGCUUUGCUCCCGUACGUGGAUCCAUUCAGGGGCCGCCCGGAGGGCGCACAAUGGGCCGAUGAGCCGCGAGGGUUCCGUCGCGCUUAAAUUGCAC